AUGUACACAUUGCCAUUACUGCUGUUUUUUCUGUAUACACAACCAGCAGAAACUGCCGACGAUAAUCCAAUAACGUCGCGAUUCCUUUGUCGAGGAAGUUGUUGCGAUCAUCAUGAAUGGUGUCGAUUUUGGGCUUCCGUUGGAGAAUGCAAGUCAAAUCGAGAAUGGAUGUCGGACAACUGUCAGCUGGCAUGUGGAACCUGUAGACGAGGCGCCACACGUACACCACGACCAGGAGUUUCACCGUCGUCUAGACCAUCUAGACCUGGAACCCGUGGACGGAGACCACUCUCGUCACCAAGAGCACCUCCACGAAGUCGUCGUCCUAACGUUUUUAGGAGGCCAUCCCGACCUACCCGACCUACUCUGCCGCGGGUUACUGUAAAGACCACUCCAUUCGCGAGGGCUAGCAGACCAAGGAUUAGGCCAACACCAAGGUACGUUUGCAAGGCUUUUGUUGAGGGUAGCGAGACGGAACUAUUUUUACGUGGCCACCAAAGUAGCUCUUCAUCAGCACUAGAACCUGCCGUGGUGGUGAAACUGACCGCUGAUGUUCCACCUCCACCACCUCUACGCCAUUUUGUUCUGCACCCUGAACCACCACCGAUUCUGCAUGAGAGCACCGUGCCGCAAAGCUUUCAAUCUAUCGCAGGAACGAAUUCGGUUAAUGAGCCACGACAAGAGACGGCAGAAGAGUCGCGAAACCAACUCGAUCCUGCCCUCAACAUCCUCACUUUCUCACAACCUCAAGACAUAGUUAGCUUGUCGAUGGGGGCUCCUCCCGCUUUAGCUGCAAGCGAAGUGUUCACAACACCCAGCACUACAUCGACAAUGUCGUCCACGACCGUUUCCACCACAACCACCACCACAAUCAGCACAACAAGCACUUCUACUGCCACCAACACUGAUGCUAUCGCUGCGAUACCUAUGGUGCCGACGAUUCAGGAAAGGAUGCCGUCGGAGGUACCACGAACUCGCACUCGCCCACCACCACAACCUCGCACUCGCCCUCCGCCUUUCGCUCGCUCUCCACCGCAAUCUCGCACCCGCCCUCCGCCACAACCACGUUCACUUGCACGACCCACUCCUCGACCAGUCUUCAACCGAGAACCCAUCACAACCACAACUCGGCCAACCUCACCUCGAACAUCGCCGCCAGCACGUGGCGGUCGAAACGCAGCUCGAUGCCAGGAGAUCUUGCGCGAUCCGCUACUGGCCGCCGAGGAGAUGUGGAGAGAACAUUUGGUCGUGUCCACCGAAGAUAAUUCGAAUCGAAGAACCGUUGAUUUGGAUGGUGUGAUCAGAUCAAACUUGGCCAACGCGUGUGUACCUCGUAUGGAUGAGACGAGUUGUGAGAGGAAUAUCUGCUACAACGUAUAUUUCAGGACUAUGGAUGGAACGUGCAAUAAUCUGCAGAAUCCGCUGAGAGGAGCCUCCUACCGACCGUACACUCGACUCCUUCCUACUAUCUACGAUAACGAAUUAUCUGAGCCAGUAGGUUCAAUAUUCCCUCAACUCCGUCCCUCACCGCGUGAGAUCACUCGACGUCUGACCUCAUCGCAUGCGUCCGUCGUUUCCGAUGACUACAAUGCGAUGAUUAUGCAAUUUGGACAGUUUAUUUCGCAUGAUUUAGCUAAGACGACGCUGAUCCCUUCGGCUAAAUGUAAUGUUUGUCAAAAUAUCACAAGUCGUUGUAUGGCAAUUCCAAUCGCUAAGGACGACCCUAAUGCGGGAUUCCGUAAAAAUACGUGUGUAAGAGUGUCACGAUCGUCUCCAAUUUGCGGUUCAGGGAAUCAAAAACCGCGACAGCAGCUCAACGAAAAUACUGGAUACAUCGACGCUUCUCCUAUCUACGGAUCUUCCGUUCAUGACUCGGAAAAAUUCCGUCAAGGAAAGACCGGUUUUCUAAAACUUCCUGCCUUCAAUGGAAUGCAAAUGCUCCCCUUCGACCAGUCAAAAUGCAAGAGCCGUAAAUCAUGUACGGUCAUCUUCACAGCCGGAGACAGUCGUGUCAAUCUAUUUGUUGGAUUAUCUGCAUGGCACACAAUAUUCACUAAGGAGCAUAAUCGGUUAGUAUCAAUCCUGAGAAGUUUAAAUCCACAUUGGGAUGGCGAACGUCUCUACCACGAAGCUCGGAAAAUUGUAGGGGCAGAAGUACAAGCGAUUGUGUACAGAGAAUGGCUACCAAAGAUCCUCGGAGCCGCAUUCUCAUCGGUCGUCGGAGAUUAUCGCGGCUAUGACCCAACGAUUGAUGCGACGAUAGCUAAUGAAUUCACUUCAGCGGCGUUCCGAUUCGGUCAUGGAAUGAUCCAAGAAUUCUACCAACGGCUCGAUCCCAAUUUCGGAAACUCCUCAUUUGGCGCUUUACCUUUCCAGAAAGGAACGCUACACUCGGAUGUGCUUGUGAAUGAGGGAGGUCCCGAUCCUUUACUACGAGGAAUGUUUUCGCAAAGUGUGAAAAGGCCACAAAGAGUAACGACUACGGUAACGGAGAACAUGUUCGGUUCCACUGAUCUCAGUUCCAUAAAUAUACAGCGUGGUCGUGAUCACGGACAUCCGAGCUACACGAAAUAUCGAGAACUGUGCGGCAUGGGUGUGGCCACCACAUUCGACCAUCUAUCUCGAGAAAUCCUCAAUACCGGAACUCGGGACAAAUUGCAAAGUGUCUACGGUAGCGUUGAUCGGAUCGAUCUCUGGGUUGGAGCGUUACUGGAGGAUCCAGUCGUACGCGGUUUAGUUGGUCCAACGAUUGCCUGUAUCGUAGGACCGCAAUUUAAGAGGACGAGGGAUGGAGACAGGUUUUACUAUGAGAAUCCAGGAGUGUUUACUCGACAACAAUUGUCAGAAAUUCGAAAAAGUUCACUUAGUCGAAUUAUUUGCGACAACUCAAACACGAUUUCGAUGGUCCCUCGAGAAGCAUUCCGGCUCGGUCACCUGACUCCAUGCAGCCAGAUACCACAAAUGGAUCUCAACAAGUGGAAAGAAUAA